AUGAGGGAUGACAGACUACAUGCUGGGGGUAAACACUGCACGGUGCAGAUAGGGGGCAGGGACUUCCCUCCCAAACACGGGGGCCAUGGUGAUGGUGACCAUGUGGUCCAGAGGAGGGGAGGGGGGAGAGAGGCGAUCAGUGCCCCAGACUCAGACACUCUGGAGCGGAUCCCUGCCUCGGCAUCCUCCCUGUACCGAGACGAUCCCUGGAGGAAGCAGCUUUGCAAAAUGCUCAGGUGCUUGAUAAAGGAUUUUGAGACGCGCCCGUCCGUGACCCACCUGCUGGAGCACCCCUUCAUCAAGCAGGCCCACGGCAAGGAGCUCCCCCUGGGCCAGCAGCUCUCCAGCCUCCUGCGCCAGCAGCAGGAAGCUCAGAAGAGCUGCAAAACCAAGACCAAGCAUGAGAGGAUCAAUACUCGCAAGACCCUCAUCAUAGAGAGUUCCCCCGACGACGACCUCGUCAACCUGGAGGUUCUAGACGAGGAAACCAUCAUCACGCACCUCCACAGGAGGUACGACGAACUCCAGAUAUACACCUACGUUGGAGACAUCCUCAUCGCCCUCAACCCUUUCCAGAACCUAAGCAUCUACUCCCCGCAGUUCUCCAAGCUGUACCACGGGGCCAAGCGCGCCGACCACCCUCCACACAUCUUCGCCUCGGCUGACGCCGCGUACCAGGGCAUGGUGACCUUCAGCAAGGACCAGGGCAUGGUGACCUUCAGCAAGGACCAGUGUAUCAUCAUCAGUGGGGAGAGUGGAGCAGGGAAGACAGAGAGCGCCCACUUGAUUGUCCAGCAUCUCACCUUCCUGGGGAAGGCUAACAACCGGAUGCUGAGAGAGAAGAUCCUGCAGGUGAAUCCCCUAGUGGAGGCUUUCGGGAACGCGUGCACCGCCAUUAACGACAACUCCAGCCGCUUUGGCAAGUACCUGGAGAUGAAGUUCACCCCCUCCGGAGCCGUCAUGGGGGCCAAGAUCUCCGAGUACCUCCUGGAGAAAUCCCGAGUCAUCAAACAGGCCACCGGGGAGAAAAACUUCCACAUAUUUUACUACAUCUAUGCUGGGCUGUACCACCAAGGCAAACUGAAGCACUACAGCCUGCCUGACAGGAAGCCCCCCAGGUACAUCAAUAACGAGCAUGGCCGGGCGAUGCAGGACAUCGUGUCCAACAAGCUGUACCAGGAGCAGUUUGACGCCAUUCAGGACUGCUUCCGCAUCAUCGGCUUCACAGACGAGGAGGUGAACUCGGUGUACAGGAUUCUCUGUGCCAUUUUAAAUACAGGAAACAUUGAAUUCGCUGCCAUCACAUCCCAACACCAGACAGAUAAGAGCGAAGUGCCGAACCCUGAACCCCUGGAGAACGCGGCGGCGCUCCUGAGCAUCGGCCCCGAGGAGCUGCAGGAGGCCCUGACCUCGCACUGCGUGGUGACCCGGGGCGAGACCAUCAUCCGCACCAACACGGUGGACAAGGCCACCGACGUGCGGGACGCCAUGUCCAAGGCCCUGUACGGACGGCUGUUCAGCUGGAUAGUCAACCGCAUCAACGCCCUCCUCCAGCCCGACACCAACAUCUGUGCCGCGGAAAGUGGAAUGAAUGUGGGAAUCUUGGACAUCUUUGGAUUUGAGAACUUCAAGAAAAACUCCUUUGAGCAGCUGUGCAUCAACAUUGCCAACGAACAGAUUCAGUUUUACUUCAACCAGCAUAUCUUUGCCCUUGAGCAGAUGGAGUACCAGAGCGAGGGAGUGGAUGCCAGCCUGGUGGAGUACGAGGACAACAGGCCCAUCCUGGACAUGUUCCUCCAGAAGCCCAUGGGCCUGCUGUCUCUGCUGGACGAGGAGAGCCGCUUCCCCCAGGCCACAGACCAGACCUUAGUGGAUAAAUUUGAGGACAAUCUGCGCUACAAGUACUUCUGGAGACCGAAGCGUCUGGAGCUUUGCUUUGGCAUUCAGCACUACGCGGGAAAGGUCUUGUACAACGUCAACGGCUUCCUGGAGAAGAACCGAGACACGCUCCCGGCAGACAUCGUGGUGCUCCUGAGAACCUCAGAGAACAAGCUUCUGCAGCAGCUGUUCUCCAGCCCCCUGACCAAAACCGGUAAUCUAGCCACAUCGAGAGCCCGAGUCACGGCUGCCUCCAGAUCCCUGCCUCCCCAGCUCAACUCAGGACGCAACAAGGUGGACACCAUGGAGAUGAUGCGUCACCCGGAAGAGACCACCAACAUGAGGAGGCAGACCGUGGCCUCCUACUUCCGUUACUCCCUGAUGGACCUCCUCUCCAAGAUGGUGGUGGGACAGCCACACUUUGUGCGCUGCAUCAAGCCCAACGACGACAGGCAGGCGCUGCGCUUCUGCAAGGAGAGGGUGCUGCUGCAGCUGCGCUACACCGGCAUCCUGGAGACCGUGGCCAUCCGCCGGCAGGGCUACUCCCACCGCAUCCUGUUCCAGGAGUUUGUUAACAGGUAUUACUACCUGGCCUUCCGCGCCCACCAGAUGCCCGACACGAGCCUGGAGAACGCUGUGGUCAUCCUGGAGCGGGCCAAGCUGGAGAACUGGGUCGUGGGCAAGACCAAGGUGUUUCUGAAGUACUACCACGUGGAGCAGCUGAACCUGCUGCUGCGGGAGGUGAUAGCACGCGUGGUGGUGCUGCAGGCCUACACCAAGGGCUGGCUGGGCGCUCGACGCUACCGCCGGGAGAAGGCGAGGAGGAACACCGGGGCCAUCGUCAUCCAGUCAGGCAGGGCCGGGCCGUGUGCUGCCCUGCACAUGUUCCGCGCGGGGGAGUUUGUGUUUACUCAGCACAUGGGCAUGUCCGUCAUUAAGGAAGUAUGCGCCACGCAGGAGAGCAGCAGCUGA